AUGGAUCACCUACUUUGGGCUGAGAUUCUACUUCUGAUCGGCUACGCACUCAUGUGUCUACUGGAUCUCCUACUAAUUGUUUACCUCAGAGUGAACCGUCGAGAAGCUUUCAAAGGAGACCCCCACGCUAGUCGGAAAGUCAUUCUACCGGCGUUCGAGCCUCUGCUUUGGCUACUCGCGGGUGUAACAGGAAUCUACGUCGUAUUUUUCAGCGUUGCGCUCCAGAUCGAUCUGUACAGAGUCGAGUUCCCGCCUCUGGAUCGAGAGUUCUUUUACUGCGGCCGCAUGUUCGUCUUUACCUUCGUUCUCGUGUUCCUGUGUCAAAAGAGCGUCUCGCUUCCUGCACUUCGGGGUUCCGUCAUCAAAGCGUUGCUGCUGUCGUGCAAUACCUUACCAGUGGUAGCGUUAUUCAUCAUAUAUGCACCACAGCGGGUAAUGUUAAUAUUUUACAUCAAGCUCGUCACACGACCGCUGAUGCUUCUUUUCGUAGUAUACGUGUGUAUGGCUCGUCCUCCGGCAGGUCGAGCCAACGCUUGUGUACUACGCAAACACGGCUGGUUCAUCAUCAUGUAUCAUGUGAUUCUUGUCUUCUACAGCGUCUUCCAGCAGUUCAAACCGGACUCGAUAUGGUAUCCCGUGUCGGGUUAUAUCAUUCUUUGCUGGAGCGCCAUGUGUCCACUCAUGAUAUGGAAAAUACUACGUGCCGACACGGAGUACUGGCGAGGAAUGGGGAAGCGAGUCUUUUCGCUUCAAAACGUGGCGCAUCACUCCCUACCAAGGCCACACUUGCAGACUGUGCACGAGGGAAUCUCAUCGCAUGGAAUCCACAUUCUCAUUGAAACACAUCGAGAUUAUUUAAUCGAUUUCGCACAUUUGGAGCUCAAGAAAAAAGUUCGGGCUGACAGCGAUGUAGCCAUGUUUAGUGGACUAUUACGCUCGAAGCAAGAUGUGGCGGUGAAAGUGUACACGCUUCAGCAUUUUAAUGAAGAAGUGGUAGGGGAAUUCUCACAUGAAGCAGCUUUGUGUGCAGCAUUGAGACAUCCCAAUAUCGUCGAGUUCUUUGGGUUGUGUGUCUGUCCUCCCACCGUUUGUCUCGUUUCCGAGCUCUGCCAAUACACGCUUAAAGAUGUGCUCGCAGCAAGAGGAACUGUUCACGAAAGGAGACAUAUUUCUUGGUUUGGUCACAAGAACGAAGACGAUCAUGACAGUGUGGAUCUGCAGCGUAUGCAGUUAAAUAUCGCCUUCAUGUUGGACUGCUCUCGUGCUGUAGCCUACGUGCACAGUUUCUCGCCACCAGUGUUACAUCGUGACCUAAAGCCUGCCAGUUUCCUUCUCGAUCAAGAUUACACCGUAAAACUCUCAGAUUUCAGUGAUUCACGAAGACUACCGAGCGAAGUCUCGGUCUCUACAGCUAGUUUAAACAGCGGAGCUUCGACGUUACAACCCAAAAUGACAGUGACAGGAACAGUAGAGUACAUGGCGCCAGAGAUGAUCGACAGUCGUACUGGUAUAGCAGCGUAUGCAGAGGCUGCUGAUGUGUACUCGUUGGCCAUCACGUUCUGGGAUAUCCUUUACCCACAUCGUGAGAAAUACCCAGAUACCAGUAACAACCACUUUCUCAUCUUUGAAAGUGUGUUAAAGGGGUCUCGUCCACCGAUCGAAGACGACGAGCCGAUCAACGAAGAUGUACCGUCCAGACUACUUGAGCUUAUUACGAGUGCGUGGAGAAGUGACCCGCGUACUCGUCCGACAGCUCAGCAAGUGGUCAAGGAGCUUGAAAACAUUCAAGAAACAUUGCUAGCAACAUUGGCGCAGGAUAUCCUCUCUGAAAACGGUGGUGUGGUGGAGACUUCAGCUAACAUGUUCACUGGGGAGUAUGCCGUUGAACGCAUGGAGCAACUCCAAGUUAUCGAGUCUAGAAGCGAAGGAAUUCGUCUCGGUCGAGCACUUAUGGACGCCGGGUUUCUGCAUCACUUCGAACACUCGUGUGGGUUUCAAGAUAGCAACACGAGUUAUUAUUUUCUCGACGAUGACAACAUCAACUUCUGUCAACCGCUGGCUAUCUUGGAGGAGUCUGUCCGAGAUUCGGAUUACGCUCCUCGCUCUCCACAGAGCUCCCAGUUGCAAUCGCCGACGACGAAGCUUCGCAUGCGAUCUCGUCUACUGUCUCACCUAACUUCGACGUUCAGUCGAAGUGUAUCGGAUGCCGAUAGUAGGUUCCAAGGUGGACAGUGCUCGUGUCGCUUGCGUGGUCAGCUACAAGAGAUCCCUCUGACCCCUUCAAGUGGUCGACAUCGACGAAGACGACAGCGACAGCUUCGAAACAGCAGCAGCAACUACAGCAACGGGAGCAUCUCCGUCAUGGCUACAACACCACAAAGAUGGCAACGUCGGCGAAAAAAUGAGUCGGAGCAUUCACUGCACAGCAAACUGCUCGAUGAGGAUCAAGACUUAUGUAUCAUUGAUAUUGUGUGCGAUGGCACAGACCUGUAG